GACAGAGGGAGAAGGAGAAGAUCAAGCUCAUGUACAUAGUUCUGAAACUUGCAGGUCGUAGGAGGCAGCUCAAAAGCUAGCUGGACAAGCCUUUCGCUCGUUGAGCAGAAGCGAAGUGAGACAUUGUGAGCUUGCCAGCCUUGCACAACAUUGAAAGGGACUGAAUUUGUAGCACAGAGGGGUCUUUUUUAGCUCUGCAUAUAAUUAGUCCAAACACAAAGGAAGCAACUGAAUGGAGGUUGUCACUCUCUGGAAAAGGGUGGGUAAGACACUUUUUAAUUAAAUUCUUUCAUGAAGAAAGAUUUUUUUUUUUCUUUGCUGCAGCAUUUAACAUGAACAAAAUCACUAUCAUUUUACCUUUGAAUGUCUGUGAACUUUAAUGCUGCACAGCUCCUGCAUGCUGUAAAGUGAAAUAUUUGCCUCUGUGUUUGUUCUGUUUGCUGUUUUGCUUUGGUUUUCGGGCUUUGUUUCGUUGGUUUGCCUUUUUUUAUUUUUUUUUUCCUCUCUUAAAUAAAAUAUGAUGUAGAAUUUGAAAAGAUUCAAUGGACAUUCUCAAGCAUAUUUGGAAAUAUUCUUGCUAAUGGAUUUCCUUCUUAUCGGUCUCUGUUUAAACUGGCUGCUGAGGAAGCCCCCGGGGUUGAUAUUGUGUACGCUGGGUAUCUUUUCUAAAAUGCUUCCAGCUGUGAAUAGUGGGUGUCCACAGCUCUGUCGGUGUGAGGGCAGGCUUUUGUACUGUGAAUCACUGAAUCUCACAGAGAUGCCUCGCAACCUGUCGGGCAUGAUGGGCUUGUCUCUGCGGUACAACAGCCUUUCAGAGCUGCAUGAUGGACAGUUCACAGGGUUAAUGCAGCUCACGUGGCUCUAUCUGGAUCACAAUCACAUUUGCUCAGUGGAGGGGAAUGCCUUUCAAAAAUUGCGGCGAGUUAAAGAGCUCACCCUGAGUUCCAACAAAAUAACCCAACUGCCCAACACCACUUUCCGCCCCAUGCCAAACUUGCGCAGUGUGGAUUUAUCAUACAACAACCUACAGUCUUUGGAGCCUGACCUGUUCCACGGGCUGAGAAAACUGACAACUUUGCACAUGCGGUCAAACGCCAUCAAGUUCGUGCCAGUGAGAAUUUUUCAGGACUGUCGCAGCCUGAAGUUUCUAGACAUAGGAUACAAUCAGUUAAAGAGCCUGGCUCGAAACUCUUUUGCAGGCUUGUUCAAACUCACUGAGCUGCACCUCGAGCACAAUGACUUGGUGAAAGUGAAUUUAGCCCAUUUUCCCAGGCUCAUCUCCCUGCACUCCCUCUGCUUGCGAAGGAAUAAAGUUACCAUCGUAGUUAACACUUUGGACUGGAUAUGGCAACUCGAAAAGAUGGAUCUCUCCGGCAACGAAAUCGAAUACAUCGAACCUCACGUUUUCGAAAGUGUACCUCAUCUCAAAUCCCUGCAGCUGGACUCCAACCGGCUGACCUACAUCGACUCCCGAGUCCUCGACUCCUGGAAGUCCCUCACGAGCAUCAGCCUCUCUGCCAACGCCUGGGAUUGCAGCCGGAACGUCUGCGCCCUGGCCUCCUGGCUGAGCAACUUCCAGGGUCGCUACGACAGCAACCUGCUCUGUGCCACCCCCGAGUACGCCCAGGGAGAGGAUGUUUUGGAUGCUGUCUACGCCUUUCACUUGUGCGAGGACAACGCCGACCCCACGAGCGUCAACACCUUCUCCCCCGUGACCAACAACAGCGAACAGACGCCGGGCUACGGCUCGGCCACCGCCACCUACGACGCGCCCGACGGCGACGAGGACCGGACCACGUACGCCGUCACCAUCACCAUGCCCGGCGAGAACUCCGAGAAUGCCGUGCAGAUUCACAAGGUGGUGACGGGCACCAUGGCACUGAUUUUUUCCUUCCUCAUCGUGGUUUUGGUGUUGUACGUCUCCUGGAAGUGCUUCCCAGCCGGCUUAAGGCAACUAAGACAGUGCUUUGUCACACAGCGCAGGAAGCAGAAGCAAAAACAGACCAUGCACCAAAUGGCUGCCAUGUCAGCCCAGGAGUAUUACGUUGAUUACAAACCCAACCACAUUGAGGGAGCCCUGGUGAUCAUUAAUGAGUACGGAUCUUGCUCCUGUCACCAGCAGCCAGCGAGGGAAUGCGAGGUGUGA